AUGAAAAGACAAAAGAAAAGUGAAACAGACAGACUCAGUGACUUACCCGACCACCUUCUUCUACAUAUAAUUGAAUUCAUGAUCACAAAAUAUGCCGUUCAAACUUGUGUUUUGUCUAAAAGAUGGAAAAACCUUUGGAAAAGUCUCACUAAUAUCAAGUUGUUGUAUCACUUUGAUCGAUACAAUGGUGAUAUCUUGGUCAAUAAGAUUGUAUCCCAUAUUCUAUCUAGUCGUGACAACUUUGUUCCUCUUCAUAGCAUAUCAUAUGUGAAUGGAUGUAGGAUUUGGCAUGAUGUAUUUCCCUUUAAAACUAAUAUUCUCGCAGAGAUAAUGGAAUAUGCUGCGUCGCAUAAUGUGCAACAACUAGAAAUCGAUACUCAAACAGACCACAUAAGAAAUCUUGAGUUGCCCCCUUCCAUUUUUAAUUGUGAUUCUUUGACAUCUCUUACUCUUUCCCUGAGGGAUGUAUAUAAAUCUAAUACCAAAAUGUUCCCAAAAUCUUUCAACUUACCGGCAUUGAAAACUUUAAAACUUGUGUGUUUCACUUUCUUUACUGGUGACAAUGGCUAUGCCGAGCCCUUUUCGACAUGUAAUAUGUUGAGUAAGUUGGUCAUUUAUACUUGUAAUUUACAAGAUGAUGCGCAAGGCCUUUGCAUAUCCAAUUCUAAACUUUCUAAUUUGGCCAUAGGCACAUCUAAUUCUCAUUCCAACAUUCACAAACUCAUACUUUCUACUCCAAAACUUACUUCUCUCACUAUCGACGGCAUUCCUCCUAUUUUCCCAGCCCCUUCUACAUGCAAUUUAACUUUGUUCGAAGAACUCAAAUUUGAUUGUUUGGACGGGGAUACUAUGGGAGAAGAUAUCUUCAUUAGUUGGUUGCAUUUGCUUGCUAAAAUCAAGAUAAUAACUCUCAGUUUCAAAAUCCUUAAAUUAAUGGUUAAUAUUCUGAAAAAUAAUAGUUCAAUGAGAGCUCAACUUCCUAGUUUUGUUAAAUUGAAGUCAUUGAAAGUGGAAGCUUACCCAUGGAAAUGUGACGAGAGAAUAAGAGAAAUGCAUGCCCACCAUCUCUUUUUCUUCUUCUUCAUAUUCUUUUUCUUCAAUGUGAAUUAUGAUGCCAACAACGGAGCUUCUUCUUCAACCAUUGCGAUAUCAUCACCAUCGAAACCUUCGGUUCAGAACCCUAAACCGAUCAUCAAGGACAUAUUUUGA